GGUCUUCUGGGGCUGCCUGAGUGGGAUUUAGGGGGUGCAAAAACGUUGGGGGGGUGGGCACAGGAAGACUUUUGGGGUACCUCUGCUCCCCUGUCCCCAGGAUGGCCUACAAGGAGAACGUGAACCCCGGCUUGUACGGCCUCCUUAAGAAUGGGGCCCCGGCCCCCCCCUGCAGCCCAGCGGGUGCCCCUCAAGGACCCCCCCACCACGGGGACCCCCUCCGAUGCCCCUCCUGCUGCAGAGAGCCACCGGCCGGCCUCCCCCCGUGCCAGCAGCAGGACGCGUCCCUGUGGAGCCCAACACCUUGUUGGCCCCCAGUACCUGCUGGCAGAAGCCAGCUUCGGUUUCAGAAGAGUACAGGCCAUGGAGCUUGGAUCAGUUCACAGGGGAGAGAAGACAGCGCAGGGAGAGGACAGCCAACUCCAGCAGGAGCUGAGGCCUUUCUGAGCAGAGGCCACAGCCCUCACAGCUCCCCCCCAGCCUCCUCAGCAGCCCACAGCAGUGAUGAACGCUGUCCUCCUUCUCCUCCUCUCCAGAAGAUGCUCCGCGUGCAGCCCCAGAGACCACGCUCCCAGGGCCGUGUUUGCCUCCAUCUCUGGAGGGAGCAUCCAAGAUUAAGACUGCACACACCUCCAAAAAGAGUGCUGAAGUACGACACCCCAUUGCGACUACUGGUUCUCCAGCUGAUUUAGCAGAAGAAUGUCCCUUUACAAACCUUCAGCACUUUUACAUGUCUUUAUUGAAGUCCACAAAGAUGUAACUGUGAUUUGGAUGACUUACACCAAUUCCUUUUUUUUGCAACAUAGCUAGCAUGGUAAUCAGACGAAAAACAGAUACUAAUAUUUUGCUGCAGAACUACAAACAACUCUUUAAAUGGAGAAAACCUUAAGAGAGAAUCACUCACCACAAAGCUGCUGUAGUGAAAGCUCAUCAGAUCAAGAAGAAACAUGCUGAUACCCCUUCUAAGUUGCCUGCAUUCUUGUAGCUAAGGAUUCCUACAAUCCUUUUAGCAUCCUUAUAAUCCUUUUUGGGAUGAAACUGUUAAUAGAAGUAAUUAUGCCUGAGGAAACAGAUCUCAGGCAUAAAUUGAUUAGCACGGUUCAGCUGGAAAAUACUUUCCAGACAGUAUGUAAAAAGGUCUUUGCUGUCCUGUGGCUGUUACAAAACAAAACAACAAAACAGGUACACCUUAGCAGAAAGUUUUUCAUAUGAAUCUGUACUGCAAAAGAUCUUUCUCAACAUAGAAAUCAUGAUACUUAAUAUUAAAAAGGCAAAACCCAC